AUGAUUCCAGAGGUCUUCUGGGUGCACAGAAUUAAACAAUUUCAUGAGAAAGGCAGAAAUUUCGACAGAUCCCCCUCAGGUGUGAAUUUCUUUGCAGCUCCACCACCUUUGCCGGCCUGCACUCAGUGCUGCAAUCAGAGGCAGGUAGAAAUCAAAUUAGCCUUUGAAGCCACAGAGCUCAUGGACAAGAACCAGCUCUUCACCCUUAUGGAGACCACAGGCACCUGGGCCCUCCCAGUGCGCUGCCCUCCCCCUCUCGACCUCCACCUGCGCCUCCAGACCUCACCCUUCGGGAAGGCCGCCACAACCAGGGUUAAGGGCAUGUGCUCAGGCGCAGGCUGCCUGGGCUUCAUCCCCACACCUUCCUUGUUACGGCCUGGCGGGCGCCGCGCCCUUAUUCGGCGGAGAGCAGCGCGGCCAGCCGCCGGCUGCCGCUGCGGGAUGCUGCGCUCCACGUCCACCGUCACUCUGCUCUCGGGCGGCGGCGCCAGGGCGCCCAGCAGGAGGGGGGGGGCGGGCGCCGCCGCCGUCCCGCUUCCCCGUCCCGGCCGCCUGGCCAUGCGCUGUGAAGGAUGCUCGGCGCAGGCAAAUGUCUGCAGACUGCGGCUGACCAUACCCCCCGAGAGUCCAACCUCAGAGUCAGGUGAAAAGAAGGUUGGAAGAAAAGAACAACACCUUGACCUGAGCAAUGGGGAGCCAACCAGGAAACUUCCUCAGGGUGUUGUCUACGGCGUGGUGCGGAGAUCGGAUCCAAAUGAGCAGAAGGAAAUGGUGGUUUACGGGUGGUCCACCAACCAGCUGAAAGAAGAGAUGAACUACAUCAGAGACGUGAGAGCCACUUUGGAAAAAGUAAGGAAGCGAAUGUAUGGAGACUAUGAUGAAAUGAGACAGAAGAUUCGACAGCUCACCCAGGAAUUGUCAGCUUCCCAGGCUCGGCAGGAAUAUCUCGAGAAUCAUGUCCAGACACAGUCGUCGGCCCUGGACAGUUUCAAUGCCACGAACUCAGCCUUAACGUCUGACUCCAUCGGCCUGCAGAAAACCCUGGUGGAUGUUACUUUGGAAAAUAGCAGCAUUAAGGAUCAAAUGAGAGAUCUGCAGCAGACCUACGAAGCAUCCAUGGGCCAGCUGUGGGAAAAGCAGAGGCAGCUGGAGGUAGCGCAAGUUGAAAACCAGCUGCUGAAGAUGAAGGUGGAAUCCUCCCAGGAAGCCAACGCCGAGGUGAUGAGAGAGAUGACCAAGAGGCUGUACAGCCAGUACGAAGAGAAGCUGCAGGAAGAGCGGCAGAACCACAGCGCUGAGAAGGAGGCUCUCCUGGAAGAAACCAAGAAUUUUCUGAAAGCUAUUGAAGAAGCCAAUAAAAAGAUGGAAGCGGCAGAGAUCAGCCUCGAGGAGAAGGACCAGAGGAUCGGAGAGCUGGACAGGCUGAUUGAGCGCAUGGAAAAGGAACGUCAUCAGCUGCAACUCCAGCUCCUGGAUCAUGAAACAGAAAUGUCAGGGGAGAUAAUGGAUUCUGACAAGGAAAGGUAUCAGCAGCUGGAGGAGGCGUCUGCCAGCCUCCGGGAACGGAUCCGGCACCUGGACGACAUGGUGCAUUGCCAGCAGAAGAAAGUCAAGCAGAUGGUUGAGGAGAUUGAAUCAUUAAAGAAAAAGAUGCAGCAGAAACAGCUCUUAAUAUUGCAGCUUUUAGAAAAGAUCUCUUUCUUAGAAGGAGAGAAUAAUGAACUACAAAGCAGGUUGGACUAUUUAAUAGAAACCCAGGCCAAGCCUGAGGUGGAGACCAGAGAGAUUGGAGUAGGCUGCGAUCUUCUCCCCAGCCCAACAGGUAGGACUCGUGAAAUCUCGAUGCCUUCCAGGAACUAUACCCCAUACACACGGGUCCUGGAGUUGACCAUGAAGAAAACACUGACUUAGGCACCUGGAGACACACACUUUGUACAGAUGGACAAAAGCCCUAGAACCAUGCGGCUCGAGGUCUGGGAAGGGUGACUACUGCUUCCUCCUAUACAAGUUUCAGCCAGAAAGACUGCUGAGGUUCUGAUCUACUUCUAAAACAUGCAGGAAAAGUGGGGGAGAGCAGGAAAGAGAGCUUUCAAGGUCAUAUUUCAAACACCCAACCAUGCUUUACUGGGCCAUCAUUAGCUUUCCGAGUAGACACUGAAAUUCUGUCAGGAGAAUUCCCUCACAAUUUAUUUUCUGGUUUAUUAGCCUUUGGUUGGGAGGAAAAAGGGCAUUAAUUUGAAAUUUCAUGUUAUUCCCGCCAGGAUCAUUUGUUACAGCAUGAAGGUUUUAUUCACCCGUAAAAGUAUUAGAGGUGGUGUUUCUCUGGUGCCCAGAAGCCUGUCCACAGGCGCAGGGGCACCUGGGGAGACCUGACCCUGCCAGGGAAGGGUGCUCUCUCUUGGUGUCCAGGAUCUGUGUGGGGUUGUGGGAGCCACAGGUGGAGACUGGCCUCCUGCAGGCACAAGUGCCUCAUUCCGAUGUGCUAAUCCCUUGGUUUAAUUUGUGCCUUACGCCUUCAUGGGGCUCACUGAAAUCAGUGUAUUUAUUUCACCUGUGAUUUUUCUUUUUCCCUUUCUCACUAACUGAAAGAGAAUUUUGUAUGUUGUGGACAUGUAAUCAUUUAAUGUUUUCAGUAUCAGUUGGUGUUUUUGUUAAAUGAAUAAUGUGUUCAUGCAUGCUCUACUUUGAUAUUAUAACCUAUGUCACAUAUGUUUAAUAAAUGCCAUAUAUUUUGUU